AUGAUGCCCACUACAUCAUACAAAAUGCAGAACAAUCUGCCGGACCAAAUCACCAUCACAGACUACCUGUUCCACAGGCUGAGACAGCUCAAAGUCAAGACGAUCUUCGGAUUGCCCGGCGAGUUCAACAUGCCCCUGCUCGAUAAAAUAUACAGGAUCCCAGACAUGAGGUGGGCGGGGAACGCCAACGAAUUGAACGCUGCGUACGCGGCUGACGGGUACUCGAGAAUCAAACGACUCGGCUGCCUCGUAACCACAUUCGGUGUCGGGGAACUGUCUGCUAUCAACGGCGUUGCAGGAUCAUUCGCAGAACACGUUGGUCUCUUACACGUCGUAGGGAUGCCACCUACAAGCGCCCAGACGAAACAACUGCUCCUGCACCACACUCUCGGGAACGGCGAUUACAACGUAUUCUACAGAAUGGCCAACGAUGUCACUUGCCAUACGGGUCUCGUUGCAGACUCAGAUCUUUGUUGCAUGGAGGUGGAUAAGUGCGUGGAAAUGGCAUGGAGGGAACAGAAACCAGCGUACUUGGGGAUUCCUGUAAAUCAAGUAGACCUCACAGUGGAUUCCGUGAGGCUCGAUACACCACUGAACUUAGAAUCUGAGCCCAAUAACCAAGAAAUAGAAAACGACGUUGUCAAAACGAUUCUCAAGAAACUGUACACCUGCGAAAACCCUGCUAUUAUAGUCGACGCAUGCGUGAUAAGGCACGAUCUCGUAGAGGAGACAAAACAGUUUCGCCAAAUGACAAAUUUCCCAACUUUCGUCACACCAAUGGGUAAGGGCGCCGUAGACGAAAGUUUGUCGAAUUUCGGCGGUGUCUUUACGGGCUCGCUUUCGUCUCCGAGUGUGCGGGAAGUCGUGGACUUUGCAGAUUUCAUCAUAGUGAUCGGAUCCUUACUUGCGGAAUUCAGCACUCCGACUUUCCACUUCUUCUAUAAAACGAAAAACUAUGCUUUGAUACAUUCCAGCUCUGUCAAACUGAAAAAUGCAACAUAUCCAGAUAUACACAUCAAACACCUCAUGCAGGUACUUUUAUCGCGAUUGGAUACUUCGAAAAUAAGUUGUACUUUUAGAAAUACCCCGCCCAUCAAUGUCUCAAGACCCAAACUCUCGGGCAACCAACUAUUGAAGCAGGAGUGGGUUUGGAACGAAUUGUCACACUGGUUUCAACAGGGGGACAUUAUAAUAACAGAGAUCGGUACCUCCGCGUUUGGUAUAAACCAAACAAGGUUCCCGCCACGAACGAAGGGCAUAUCACAGGCAUUAUGGGCAUCCUCUGGUUACUCCGUCGGGGCUUGCUUGGGUGCAUCGUUUGCUGCACAGGAGUUACAAGAGGAAAACCCAGGGGAUGCGUCGUUACAACACAGAGUCCUCCUGUUUGUCGGUGACGGUGCUUUCCAAAUCACCAUGCAAGAGAUUUCCACUAUGAUAAGAUGGAAGCUUACACCGUACAUAUUUUUGCUGAACAAUCAAGGUUACUCUGUUGAUAGAUUUUUACACCAUAGGUCCAAGGCCUCGUAUUACGAUGUCCAGCCUUGGCAUUACCUCAAAUUCUUUGACGCAUUUGGUGCAGAUGAUUACGAGACGCGAAAGAUUGUAACAUUAGGGGACCUGAGAGAUGUUAUGAAUGACAAGCACUUUUGCAAAGACGAUAAAAUCAGAAUGCUGGAGAUAAUGCUGCCCUCCACAGAUGUUCCUCAGGUUCUUGUCGAAAGUUGGAUGAGAGAGAAGGAGGAACAAAAUAAGGUUCACGAGUCCCCGCAGUUUUUUGAAACACCAGACUCCGUAGAACUUACAGAUGCCACUGAUGAACCCACUCCGAAGAGGAGUAGGCUCAAUGAUGUCGCAUCGAUAUAG